UUCGGAGAUGGGUGCAAGUAAAUCACAAGAUGGCUCUGUCAUCGAACCUCUAGCCGGUGUUGAUUCGGGCAGUUCGAGGACUGUUGGAGGAGGUGGCGGAAAAGGAAUAUCAACUUUGGCUAAUGAAGAUGUUCUUUCUUUAUUGUCAGCAGAAGCUGAGGAAGACGAACAAAGACAAAGGGGGGAAAUGAUGGGGGAAAGUGGUGCUGGUAGCCGAAUAAAACGUGGAUGUAUUCCUCUUCGGCAAUUAUGGCAAAAUGAUCCCCUCUAUACUCUUUAUUUUGAACAUAUGAAUAAAGGGAGACUUAAAAUUUCAUUAAUGUGCCUUGUAUUUCUUUGCCUUUUGGUUAUUUCUGCACAUGCAAUUGUUGGUAAUUGGUUAAGGUUUGCAUUUGCGGUGAAUCUACUUGUUUUUCUAUUUGUUACAACAUGGAGAUGGCGUUCACCUUUAUUUUCUUGGGCUGUUUUAAUUUCUUCUUUAUGCCUUUUAAUUCUUUCACCUCCAACACUUGUCUCACUUUUGGCUGUUCUUUUACUAUUACUUUGUUAUACAGCGAUGCCCCUUCAACUGAGAGCCUCAUUAUUGGCUGCAUUUGCAAUAAGUAUUACCUCAUUUGCUGUUAGAGCAAUACCAUUUUUACUUCAAACUAGGGAAAAUAAUAAUAAUGAGGAAUUAAAACCUGAUGAUUUUAGGCAAUUAUUAAUACAAAUUGUUUUUAUUUUGGCUAUGAAUUUAAAUGGAAUGUUUAUUUAUAUUCCAACAGAACUUGUUCAAAGGAGAACAUUUCGAGAAACACGUAAAAGUGUUGAAAAUAGGAUACAACUUGUUAGGGAUAAUGAAAAACAAGAAAAUAUUCUUCUCUCAGUAAUUCCAAAACAUAUUGCAAAUGAUAUGAAAAAGGAUAUUGAUAGAAAUGAACCAGAUCAGCAAUUUAGAAGAAUAUAUAUCCAAAAACAUAGCAAUAUUUCAAUUCUUUUUGCCGAUAUUUGUGGAUUUACUAAUUUAGCUUCACAUUGUACUGCCGAAGAUUUGGUUCGGACAUUAAAUGAAUUAUUUGCACGUUUUGACACUUUAGCACAUGAAAAUCAUUGUAUGAGAAUUAAAAUUCUUGGUGAUUGUUAUUACUGUGUUAGUGGCCUUCCUGAACCUCGUUCUGAUCAUGCAAUUUGUGCUGUUUCUAUGGGGCUAGAUAUGAUACACACAAUUAAGUUAGUCCGCGAGCUUUAUGAUGUAAAUGUAAAUAUGAGGGUUGGAAUACAUAGUGGGAAAGCACAUUGUGGAGUUUUGGGGUUGAAAAAAUGGCAAUUUGAUGUUUGGAGUAAUGAUGUUACUUUAGCUAAUCAUAUGGAAAGUGCUGGGAUACCUGGUCGAAUUCAUAUAACAGAGGAUACUUUAGAAGCUUUACAAGGGACUUUUAAGGUUAUUCCGGGAAAUGGACAUGAACGGUCUAAAUGGUUGGCAGAACAUGAAAUUAAAAAUACUUAUUUAAUUGUUGAAGGAGAAGAAGGAAGAGAGCAUUCAUUACAACAACAACAAUCAACAUUUAAUCGUUCAACUUUAAGUAAAGAACUUCAAUUAACUGGUAAAAUGGAUAGACAAGGAAAUCCUUUAAGGAGAGAAUUAUCUAGAACAAUAAAUGAAGAUGUUAAUAAAUAUUUGGAAAGGGGAAUUGAAGCUAUAAAUAAAGAAGCUUGGAGAAAUGCUUAUUGUGAGCCUUAUUUGUUAGUCUUUAAACACGCACCAAUGGAACAAAAAUUUCUUCAAUAUAAAUCAAAUCCAUCACUUUUAGAAAUUACAAACCUUCUUUGGGUAUUUGCUUUAUGUAUUUUAGCUUUGGGUAUUGGAGGAUUAGCUUUUGCUGAUCAAUUAAUUGCUGGGGGUGUUGCUUUUGUUUUAUUGCCUUUACUACUUUUUCUUCUUUUAUUUCGACGUUUUGUUAAGUUGCCAAGACGUAAACGUCGCCGUUCAGGACUUAGGCGUAUACAAAAAUGUUUAUUGGUGCUUUUAUUAUUUUCUGUUUGUGCUUUUUUCCUUUCUUUACGUUUUGCUUUACAACCAGCACCUUCUAAAUGUGAAAAACAAUUGAAAAAUACUGAAUUAAUAUUUGAAUGUGCAUUAUUACUACUUUUAUGUGUUUGUUCAUUUCAAUCUAUACUUUUUCUCGAAAAAGUUUUUAUUGCUUUUCUUUUAUGCCUACCUGUUUUAGCUUCUAUUUGGAUGUUAAACUUUCCUUCUUUAAUACCAAAAGAUGAACAAUCACAACAACAAAAAACACAAGAGAUGAUAAAAGAAAAUAAUUUAACAACAACAACAAUUAAAUUAUUACAACAAAAUUAUUUUUUAACACAAAAAAUUUGCAAUGAAAAUAAUUCUUCAAUAGAGCCAAGAAUAUUAUUUACACUUGUUGUAUUUUUUGCUUUUAUUUUAAUUGCAUUACAAAGUCAUCGUUCUGAAUUAAUUGCUCGUUUUGAUUUUAUUUGGAAAUUACAAGCUUUAAGUGAAAAUGCUGAAGUUAAAAAAACAUAUGAACAAAAUAGAAAAGUUUUAGAAAAUAUUUUGCCUGCACAUGUUGCUAAACAUUUUUUAUGCGCCCAACCAACUAAAAGGUCUGAUCUUUAUUCUGAAGGAAGAGAAAAUGUUUGUAUUAUUUUUGUUACAAUUACUGAAUUUGAUAAAUUUUAUAUGGAAAUGGAUACUAAUCAAGAAGGAAGGGAAUGUAUUCGAGUUUUAAAUGAAAUUAUUGGAGAUUUUGAUAAUAUUUUGAGUGAUCCAGAAUUUCAUUGUAUUGAGAAAAUAAAAACAAUAUCGACAACAUUUAUGGCAGCUUCAGGCUUAACAGGAAGUACUUGUGGUUCUUCCCAUGUUGUGGCUGUUGCUAAUUUUGCUUUAGCUUUAUUUUCUCAAUUAGAAGAAUUUAAUGCACAUUCUUUUGGAAAUUUUAAUUUAAGAAUUGGAAUAAAUGUUGGGCCGGUAGUUGCCGGGGUUAUUGGAACAGAAAAACCUCAUUAUGAUAUUUGGGGGAAUUCUGUUAAUGUUGCCUCUAGAAUGGAUAGUUCUGGUGUUCCUGGACGUAUUCAAGUAACCGAAGAAACAAAACAAAUUCUUGAACGUGAAGGUUUCGAAUUUGAAUGUCGUGGUGAAAUUAAUGUUAAAGGCAAAGGGUUAAUGACUACUUAUUUUUUAAAAAAUCCAAAUGGUGAUGAUUUUGAUGAUAAUAUUUCUUCUCUUCCUUUAACAAAAAGACGUAGUAGUAGUGCUGUGCCGGGAAGUGGAUUUCAUCAACAAUCAAAUGGUGUUAAUAAUAUUCAACAACAACAACCAAAUGGAACAAUUUAAAUAAAAAAUAUAAAAAUAGGAGAUUUUUUUAGAAAUUUUCAAAAUUAAUUCUUGAAUACAGGGGAGGGAACUAAUAAAUAUAGGAUUUAUUUUUUCUUCUUUUCCCUUUUAUUUUUUUUCAAUUGGGGAAUUUUUUGUGAACAUUUUUAAAAUUAAUAUUUCCUAGUUGUUAUAUCUCUAUUAAUUAAUUAAUAUUUUAAGCCCAGAGCUUUUUUUAAUUUUUCCAUUUUAUCUUUUCUUUUCCCUCAUUUUCUUUUUAAAUACCUUUUAAAUCUAAACUUUUGUCAGAUUUUGGCAUAUUUUUAUAUUUAAUAAUUUUUAAAUAUUUUUUGUGCCUUUUCUUCCUCUGUACAUUCUCGGUGAAUAAUUGUAAAUAUUUCCUUUAUUUAAUUUCUACGUCAAAAACAAAUAAAUACG